GCGGCGACCUUCAUUGCCAGUGAACAUGUUCACCAGGGCCAGCGCGGCGGUGUUCCUCCCACAAUGUGGGCAGGUCAGGACCAUGGCUACCUUGAAGGACAUCACCAUUCGGUUGAAGUCCAUCAAGAACAUUCAGAAGAUCACUAAGUCCAUGAAGAUGGUGGCCGCCGCCAAGUACUCAAGAGCUGAGAGGUCCUUGAAGCCGGCUCGUGUUUACGGCACCGGGGCUCUCUCGCUGUAUGAGAAGGCUGAGAUCAAGGCUCCAGAGGACAAGAACAAGCACCUGCUAAUUGGUGUGUCGUCUGACCGUGGGUUGUGUGGAGCCAUCCACUCCAACGUGGCCAAAGCCAUUAAGAGUGAAAUCGCCAAGCUCACUGGUGCCGGCAAGGAGGUCAUGGUGGUUAAUAUCGGAGACAAGCUUCGAGGUUUGCUCUACAGGACCCAUGGACAACACAUUCUCAUUAACUGUAAGGAAGUGGGACGCAAACCCCCGUCGUUCAGCGACGCCUCUAUCAUCGCUACAGAGCUGCUAGACUCCGGCUAUGAGUUUGACCAGGGCUCCCUUAUCUACAACCGAUUUAGGUCUGUAAUUUCCUACAAGACUUCUGAGAAGCCCCUGUUUUCUGUGGACACGGUUGCAGGCUCAGAGAACAUCGGCGUCUAUGAUGACAUCGAUGCUGAUGUCCUGAGGAACUACCAGGAGUUUGCCUUGGUUAACAUUAUUUACUUCGGGCUGAAGGAGUCCACCACCAGUGAACAGAGCGCUAGGAUGACCGCUAUGGACAGCGCCAGCAAGAACGCCUCUGAGAUGAUCGACAAGCUGACCCUGACCUUUAACCGCACUCGCCAGGCUGUGAUCACCAAGGAGCUGAUUGAAAUCAUCUCUGGAGCUGCUGCUCUAUAAAGACGGACCCUGCAGGCCAUUGUGCUUCUGGCAAGAAAUACUUGUUCAGUUAUCUGGUAUCACAUUAAAGAAUUAUUGUCGUCCUGUUUGUAAAAUAUCAUUAAAUAAACCUCUUACAAUGA